CCGCACAUGAAGGAGGUCGGUGUGUGCGUGAAGUAAAUAAAAAACCUCUCAUAUUAACACUGAGUCCCGAUGAUCGCUCAGUGCGUGAUUUCAUGGCGGUGCCCGUCUCCGUCCAUCGCGCACGGAUCCCGGAUUCCUUCAGCCCGAGGAACGUGGAUCCACAGAGGAUCCUCUGAUGUGAUGUGAAGGAUCCCUGGAAAAACCCAGACUCCGGGCCUCGUCUGUCUGUCUGGCUCAGUGGAAGCUCGAGACAGUUCGCCGUGCUGAGGGGAGACGGAGAGGAGGAGGCCGAGCACUUUGGGAUUCAAGCCAAUGACCUGUAGGAGGAGAGAAGGCGGAGUGAAGGCUUGAUUAAAAUGGGGCUGCGGAUCCUCGUACCUUCUGACUGUGUGUCUGAGUGCCGCUGGCUCAGCCCACAGCCAUGCCAGACGUGAGGCCUCCAUCAGCAUGUGACGACCCCGCCACGUCUUCUGCUGCAGCCUCUGUCUGCCCUCCGCUGGCUGCACCUCUCCCCUGGACGUUAUUAUCGACAUGGAGCCCUGCAUCGCCAACCUCCCCCUGUCCCCGGACCCGCUGUCCUCCUUCCCCCGACACAGACCCGGCGCUCCUCACUACCCGGGCCUCCAUGGACCUCCCUUCCCUCUCAUGGCCAGGUGUAACAGCAGCACCCUGCUCACUAACCUGGGGUUGAGGUACUGCUCCAGCAGGCAGGGCCCUCUGGGGGUGGGCCUGGGUCAGGGGACGGCCCCGGGCUCCUGCAGCCACGCAGGAAGCAAUGGCAGCAGGCCCUACAGGAGUAUGGAGAACCUGAACUGGAACAAUAUGGCAGAUUCUGGCCUGUGUGCAUUCAGUGCUGCCCCCUAUAGGAGCAUGGACAGUGAGUUUAUUUUGAGCUAUACAGCCACAAGCCACUGGUAUGACGGGCCCCCAGACGGAUCUGUCAUGGGGGCCCGUGGACUGCUACCUAACCCGGAGAGCCUGGCAUUUAACCCUCGACAUGGGCUACCCAGGAAGGACCUGCCACUCUUCCCCCAGUUGCUAUUUCCAGGUGGCGUUGACGAAUGGGAUGCCAGGAAAGGCCUGAGGGAGAAACUCCGCCUCCAGAGUGCAAGGUCAGCAGUCGAGUCUCUGAAGCCCCUCCCACUGCGGCCUCAGAUGACCCCUAGUGCUACAUCCAGCGAAAAAGAGGGUGGGCAUCACCUGAAUUCCACAGUUGCUGGUUCCAGGCCGCUGUGCACGAUGCGCAUCACCAACCCUGAGGAGAUCAAGCAGGAGGUCCUGAGGCGCCUGCAGCUGCGGCGACAGAACAGCAGCCCCAACCUCACUCUCCACAGCUCCCCGACUACCCCGGAAGUGGUUAAAACAUCCAGCACAACCGACAACAUCGUGGGUAACAGGAACGGAUCGGAUUCUGCGUCUGAGUGCCGCAGGCCUCCUGUGGGACGUCUACAUAUCCCCACGUUUGAGGAGUUUAAGAGGAUGAGGCAGAGGGAGGGAGAGCAGAGCAAGGAGUCCACAGCCGGUUCUGUGGUAUCUGGAAAACCUGCGGCCGACUUGCAGGAUGUAGCAGCAACAAAUAUUGAGAUAGCUCCGUCUGAUGGGACUGUCCCUCAGUCAGGUUCUCGUAGAGACUCUGAGGAGGUGGAGGGAGACAAGAGCACAGGUGAUGAAGACCUGCAGACCAUCACCACCUCAGAGAAACUUCCCUCGGACACUGUGAACAGUAACGGCACUGCAGACCCCACCUCUUCCUUAGCCUUUGUUACCAGCACUUAUUCUCCCAUCUGCACAGGCCCGUCCCCGCGUUCACCCCUACCGCCCCUCGCCAGCUCAGCCCAGGAGAAAGCCCUCGCCGCAGGAGGAGACGAUGGGAGCAGCAGCAGGCGCAGGAGGAGCAGUCUGGAACCAGCUCGGUCGGUUCCUUUCCCACACAGCCGAGGGAACUGGGACCGACCCUCCAGCUGCUGCCCGGCGCUCCUUCUGGAGGGGACUGACCUGUCCAGCUACGGAGCCAAGAUUUACAAGAUGAAGGAUGGACUCAUUGGCUCAGCAAUGGACCUCAUCAAGAAGAGGUAA